AUAAGACGCGGAAGAAGGAAGAAAUACCCAAAGAAAAUAAAGCAGUUUGAUUUUUUUUACCUGAAUUUUUUUUUCAAAUGAGAGGUUUAUUAUGACAACAUUAUGGACAAGUCCGGCAAGGAAACUCCGGUUCCUCGACCACGAACCAAAGGCAUCAGUGGACGUCUUGGUCUGGGAAGGAAAGGUUCCCAUGAAUCUAAUUCCUUAUAUGUGUUAACGCAUCGCCGCAGGGCGUCUGAACCCUCCAUCAAAAAUGAUGCUCUGGUCCAACCUCAUCAGUCCCGAAAAAUCUUAAACACGCCACCGGCCUGUGAACAUCACCCAAAUUAUUCGUAUGAUCAGUAUUGCUUUCAUUGUGAAGUACCAGUUUGCUUUGAAUGUGCUACUUCCGGUAAGCAUGACGGCCAUGACGUUCAAAACGUGUCAAUCAUGUACGAUUCUUUGCAGGAACUCAUCACAAAAGAUACACAAGAGCUGGAAAAUUUUAUUUCGCCAUUUUACGACACAGUUAUGUCGGACAUUGAAGUGACGCAUAAAGUCGUUGCAAACAAACAUCAAGACAGAAAGAAGACAAUAUUAGACCUAAGGAAAGAUCUAAGAAAGAUGGUUGAUGAUAUUACAGAAAGGCUUCUCAAAGAAGAGGAGAAAAUGGAAGCAGACGACAUCAGCAGUCUUCAAUCGCUGGAGAAGAAAUUCCUUAAAAUGCGAAACCGAGUUCGACUGACAAUAGAAGAGAAUAACAAAAUCAUGAACGAUUCAAAUUUCCCUAGACUUAUAAAUCAACUCCUUCGUUACACAUCCAAAAAUCAGUAUUUUCGAGAUGUACCCGAAAGAUUUGAGAUGGUGGUCUCUGAUUUCAAUCCAUCAACACCUAUUGAGAGCGAUCUGUCGGAAAAGAUCGGGAAUCUGGGUCAAACCAUAACGAGGCCCAUACAGAGACAGAGAUUGCCAACUUUAAGAAAAGUAGCUGAUAAAAACCCGAAAACGAUGGGUUCAACUCACUGUGUUCUUGAUCGUGUGAAGACGGGUUUCGUGCGAACUGCAAGAGUGUCCUCCUCUCCUCAAACAGACGAGUUUUACGUGUGUGGUGACAACAAAGUGAUUAAACAUUUCCGUAAAAGAGAGGAAGUGGACAAAAUUUCGACCCUGUGCGAAAACGAACCCUUUGAUCUGACGGUCAACAAAGAUGGACACCUUGUUUACAGUGACUAUGACGACGGAAGUGUGAACAUCGUUAAGAAUGGCAAGAUAGAACGUUUGCUCAAAUUACUGGAAUGGAGACCACAAGCCUUGUGCUGCACUUCUGCAAAUGAAUUGCUUGUCACGAUGAGAUUAGAAGAUCGCUCGCAGAGUAAGAUAGUCCGUUACUCAUGUUAUUCAGAGUGCAAAGUAAUGCAAGAAAUCCAAUAUAAUGAAAGUCGAACGCCCCUUUAUUCUAAUCCAGCCUUCAUUGAAGAAAACAAAAACUUGGAUAUCGUUGUCAGUGACUGGGGUACUAGGACUAUUGUGGUGGUCACAAAGAUGGGAAAGUUGCACUUCUCCUACACCGGGAACUUGCAGGCUAACAGAUACCGAACAUUUAACCCGUACGGUGUGGCCACAGACAGUUCUUGUCAUAUUCUGAUCGCGGACUUUGAUAACAAUGUGGUACACAUCAUUGAUAAGAAUGGACAGUUCCUUCUUUACUUAGACAGUUGUCACCUCUGUUAUCCGUGGGACCUCAGUACAGACAGUAACGACAUUCUGUAUGUUGCCGAGUGUUAUUCUAAUGAUGUGAAAAGAAUCAAAUAUCUUAAAUAACUAUUUAUACAAUGUAUAAUUAAUCCUUAAUUUGCUACUAAGACGGAGGUAAAAGGUUUGUUGUUUUAUUUUCCAGAGUUUUAUGACAUUUAAAAUGAGAUGUAAAUGUACACCUUACAGAGCAAGUAUUGAGUGUAUUAUUAUUUUGAAAAUAGAAAAAAUGAUUGUUUAGAAAAAAUUAGUAUUUAUUAUUUUUGUUAUAAUGU